AUGACGAGCAUAGAUGAUUUGUUUAAGAGCACAAACGGUUCAAUAAAGCGGAAAUUCGAGAACCCAAAUGAAGCCGACCCAACACAGACCUACAAGACUGCCAAACUAGGUUCAAAUAGCGAUGUAAAACGGGUCGCGCAAGCCUUAGUGACGGAAGAGGAUGACGAUGAGGAAGCGGGCCCGUCACUGCCCCCGGAUCUCGAGGACGAGGAGGGCGACGAUGAGGACGGUCGAUUCUUUGGAGGUGGCCUAGAUGAGGAUGCACGGGAUGCUAUGGACUAUGUGGACGCACAGGAUGGCGAGGACGCUAUACAAGAAGUCAAAUACGAUGCAGCCUGGCUACGAAAGCUGGCGCUUAACUUCGAGAAGAAGGUCAACAAGAAUGCGUCGCUGCGCGCCAAGUAUGAAGAUGACCCAACCAAGUUUAUGGAUUCGGAAGCCGACCUGGACGAGGGAAUCAAGGACCUCAGUAUACUUUCGGAGCACCCGGAGUUAUAUGAGGACUUUGCGAAGGGUCCAGCUGCAGCGAAAUUAGUGGAGCUACUGGCGCAUGAGAACACGGACAUUGCAAUUGCAGCUAUAGAGAUCAUAUCAGAGCUCACAGAUGAAGACGUUGGAGGAGAGCAAGAGCAAUGGGAUGCUGUAGUGACAGCAUUCCUUGACGCAGAUUUGCUCAGUUUACUGAUCUCAAACUUCUCUCGAUUCGACGAAAGCGACUCGGCCGACGCAUCGGGCGUAUACCAUUCUCUCAGUGUCAUCGAGAACUUACUAUCACAACCCUCAAAUACGGACAUGAUAGGCGAACAAAUUACUCUCGUCCAGUGGUUACUAGACAGAAUCCAGAAAUCCGAGAAACCCACGACUCAGAACAAACAAUACGCCUCCGAAAUCCUCUCCAUACUCACACAAUCCUCUCGACCGAAUCGAAAUCGCAUAGCUGAAGCGAAUGGCGUCGAAAUAUUCCUCACAAACCUCGCUCCAUACCGACGAGACGACCCCGAAAAGGACAGCGACGAGGAGGAAUAUAUGGAGAAUCUAUUCGACUGCAGAAGGUGUGGAGCUAUGUUUGCUCUUUAUUAG